AUGUUGCUGCAGCAAUCGCUGCUCUUCCAUUCUCUACUCGUAUCAUUUGCGACCGCGCGCGACAACAGUGGCACAGUCUGGGCGACUCCCCACGACAGCUACUCCUCCUCCAUUGGCGUUCUCGGCUGCAAAGUCGACACCAACCGAAUCGCUUACUGGCCCAACGCCAUCGAUUGCGACAAUAUUUGCAUUUCCCUCACAUACGGCGAUCGAACCGUUCAUUUACUCCGCAUCGAUCAAUCGCAGGGCGCGCAUGAUGUUAGCUACGAUGCGUGGAAUUACCUCUAUACUGGCUCUUCAGCCACCGACAAACCCACAGCAGGCGGUCCUGUGGAAAUGACCUACGAAAACGUCGACGCAUCAAAAUGCAAGUCGCUCAUCAACACCAAGGGCAGCAAACUACCCCUCAGCGCAGCGAAUAGCAUGAACUUCCUCACGAGCUGUCUCGAUCGGAAUAGUAGUACGUGGGUAGGCGAGAACUACGUACUCUACAACAUCCUCGACUCGAUCUGCACGUUAGGCCACGAUGAGAAAUGUGAACUGGACUAUCCUGCUGCGAACCAAGCGGAGUGUAAACAUACGAUGGGUGUUCCUGAUGAAUUGAAGGGACAAACGGUGUGGAAUAUUAGAUAUCCUACUGGGGAGAAGGUCAGUGCCAAGGAUGGGAAACCUGGCGAUGAGGAUGGGGCAGGGGUAAAGCAGCCGAGUGGGAACGCUUUGGCGCUGGUGGUUUUGUUCUCUGCUUGUCUUGUGUUUGGCAUAUAG